AUGCCACAGCCACGUGACCAGAAGGAAAGGCCUCCAUGUAUACCUCAGUCAGUUUCAGAAGCUAAGGCCAAGCAAGCAGGGGACAAGGAAAAGAGAAACACGGAAAAGGAUUUGGAGAAUGAGAAUGGUGGUGCAGCCAAUGAUGAAUGGAAAGAAGAUGUCAUGCCAGAAAUUCUUGAUGGGCACAAUGUGUAUGACUUUGUUGAUCCUGACAUUGUGCAUAGGCUUGAUGAGUUGAAACGAGAGGCAGAGGAGGGCGAUGAUGAGUUUGAGAUGGAUGACAUGGAAUUGACUCCAGAAGAGCAAAAGACAUUGGUCUAG